AUGGGAAACACCAGGGAAAGCCUCUUAUAAUUAGAUCAAAAUCAGGGGGAGUGAGCGAGUGAGUGAGUGAGAGGGGAUCUUGCUCCAUCUGCAAAUCAUCAUCAACUCCAAAACCCUAAAUCCUUCUUUCACAGAAAGACAACUAUCUGCAGAUCCCCCCCUUAUAUCUAUCUAUCUAUCUAUCUGUAUCUAUAUAUCUAUACAUAUAUAUAAUAUAUAAUAAUAAAUAUCUAGUAAUAAUAAUAGCUUUAUCACUCACUCAAUAAUUAACUUAUACUACUAUUAUUAUGGCUCAGGAACCCUCAAUUUCAUCAUCUAAUGAAACCCUAGAAUCACCCACAGUUACUUCUUCUGAUAACACUCAAUUGCUUACACGUAACGUUUCUUUUAGUCGAUUAAACGCUAAGGCACCCGAAUUCGUUCCUCGCACCACGGCGGCCGUGGUGUCACCACCGCCGUCCGUGAUUUCUCCCGGCGCCGGUGAUCUAAUUCAUGUAUAUCCUCCUCCUCCUCCUCCGCCUAAUCCUCCAUUUCACGUUCCGAUUCCGGUUAAUGUUCCGGUGACUGUUCCGGUACAUCAUCAUCAUCAUCAUCAUGGACAUCAUCAUCAUCAUCAUGGACAUCAUGGUCAACAUUAUGUCCCGGUUCAGUAUCAUCAUCACAAUCAGAAUCAGAAUCAUAAUCAUCAUAGACCGUUUAAUGGCGGCGGCGGCGGUGGUGGUGGGACAGGGUCUAUUGAUCAGAAGGAAGUGGUGGCUCAAGCUCCGCGGAUCGAACCGGAGUUGAAAGAUGGUUUGACUGAUGAAGCUACUCAGAAGAUUGUUAAUCAGGUGGAGUAUUAUUUCAGUGAUAUAAAUUUGGCAACUACAGAUCAUUUAAUGAGGUUCAUCCACAAAGAUCCUGAAGGAUAUGUGCCAAUAUCUGUUGUUGUAUCUUUCAAGAAGAUUAAAGCUCUUGUUAGCGGUAACGCACAGCUUGCUAGUAUACUGCGGAAUUCUACAAAGCUGGUCGUUAGUGAAGAUGGGAAGAAAGUCAAACGUCAACAUCCAAUGACCGAGUCAGACAUGGAAGAGCUACAGUCACGCAUAAUUAUUGCUGAAAAUUUGCCUGAGGACCAUUGUCAUCAAAAUCUGAUGAAGAUUUUUUCGGCUGUCGGAAGUGUAAAGACAAUUCGUACCUGUCAGCCCCAAACUUCCAAUGGUGGGCCAUCUUCAGGUUCGAAAGCAGCAAAAGCAGAGGGUAUGCUUUUCAGUAACAAGUUACAUGCUUUUGUGGAAUACGAGUCUAUUGAGCUUGCCGAGAAAGCAGCUCUGGAGCUAAACAAGGAGGCUAGCUGGAGAAAUGGUUUGAAAGUUCGUUUAAUGAGAAGACCAUCAAAACAUGCGCAAGCACGUGGAAAGAAAUCAGGGCAGGAAGAAGAGGCCAUCCAUAAGGAAGAUGACACAUCUACAUCUGAGCAACAUCCACUGAAUGAUAAACAUUUAGACGAUACUAUCCCACAAUCUGAUGUUCAGUCACAUGAGCAUGUUGUGGAAGAUCACUCCAAUGAGAAGGAAGCUGGGCACAAGAAAGGGCGCAAUCGUAGCAGGGGCAAGGGACGUGGACGACCUCAAUACAAUCACCACAACAACCGAGGGAAUCAUGUGGUGGCACCACUUUCAACCAAUUCUGUCAACACGGAGCAUCCUGUUAUAGGGAAACAACCUCCCGGACCCCGCAUGCCCGACGGCACCAGGGGAUUCUCCAUGGGCCGGGGGAAACCCAUCACGGUUUCUGUUGAUAGCCGUGUAUCAUGAAGACAAUCAAAGAAAGAAGCAGGUAUGUGAUUGGGCGGAUGGAGAGACAGAGAUGAAAUAAUCUGGGGGUCGCGAGUUUGGAGUAGGAUAUAGUUCUAUUUUUUGUAUUUUUAUUUUUACUGUUUGUAUUCUAAAGUAUGGAAGAGAUAUGGGUAAAAACAGAAUAUGGGGUAUUUUUGGAUAUACUGUUUUAGAUGCUGCUGCUUGCUUCCCCGUGUGUUUCUUGUUUGUUGAUGUAGAUUGCAAGAAAAACAAAAACACUUAUGGGGAGUGAAUGUGCAAAUGUAACUUAAAUGAGCAAACAAGAUAAGUUUUAAUGGGUUGAUGAUUGAUGGAGAUGUAUUAAUUAGUUGGGUUUUCUACA